CAGGGAUGGAGGCACUCUCGUUAAGGCAUAUUAUAUUUGCAGCUCGUGGCAGCAUUCCGAUCAGGUGGCACCUGGCUAGUACUUCAUUGGAUGGGCACCCAAGGAUCUCACAUAAGAGGAGAGUCAGUACGCGAGUUGGCAAUUCUCGCAUAAUUGCUUCCUCAAGACAACCAGAUUACCAAGGUUGUUGGAGGCUAGGAGAUGCCAGUUUGACUACUGUUAAUCAAUGUCAAACCCYACCCGAAGAGGAUGGGAAAGCAACUCGGUACAUUGGACUACAGUACAAUUUUGAAGCCGAGGAUAUUUUGCUUGGAGAGGGUGGUGACAUGUCCAUGGCUGAAUUGAGACCCCACUUGGUAGCUGAGUUGUCUGAUCUCGAUCUUUUGACCCUUAUAAACACAGACAACCAAGCAAUUUCAAUCUCAAAACGUAUAAUGUCAAAUGAGGAAAGCAUGAGAGAGUAUGCAGAUCUGAAAUUCUCCUUGCUACUCUAUGAUGCCAUGCUCAUCUUUGCUGGAACAUCAAUUGCAUCCAUAUCCGCUGGAGAUAAAGCUGCUUUGGCCUUCUUAACUGGUGGACUUGGAGGCUUCUUUUAUCUGCUAUUGUUGCAAAGGUCGGUUGAUGGAUUGCCAGCUCCUGCAUCUAUUUCAGUGAACAGAGGAGAUAUUGGUAAAUUGUUUAGAGGUAAGGGAUCUAUCUCAGUCCUGGCAUUGGGAUUAGUUUUUUCUGUUGUAGCAUUCAAAUAUGGAAAUGGAGAUGUACCUGUGGUCUUAACACCAAAAGAACUCGUGAUUGGAAUGACGGGUUUCCUUGCCUGUAAAAUUGCUGUUGUAUUGGCAGCAUUCAAACCCAUGACAAUGAGACUGAAGGAGACUGAUUAGACCAUGAGAAUUGCAGAAAAACAAAUUAGAUCCCGRUGAAGUAUACAAAUGGUUUACAUAUAUUCAAGAGAGCA